AUGGAUUACAACCGUCUCUUCAAUUAUGUCUUGAUACUCUCGGAUGAGAAAAAGAAUCAUGACUUAAUCGUUCAACUCAACAUCAUAAACGUAUCGAAAUGUUUCAAAGAUAAUCUUCAAGACACUUUUGUACCUCAUCUCUUACAAGAGGUUCUUCGAGGUUGUUUCUUUAAAGAAUUAAAUUUUGGAGUGUUUAGAUUUAAAAAAAUGAUUGAAAAUAAUUGGUUAGUUCUUUUUAAAGAGAUGGAUUUAGAUACUCCUGAAUCUCUAUAUUAUCUAAGUGAAGAUGCUUUAAUAAAUUUAUUUAUGGGUACUGUGUUACCGGGAGAAUCUUCGUUGGAGACCGAAACGAAAGUUGGUUUGGAGAUUCUAAGGAGUUUUGAAAAAGUUAUUUCAAUUCUUAAAUUCAAUGAGAAAAAACUGUUGUUUAAUAACAAUACUAUUCUAUUUCAAGAGAUAGUCAGUGAGAUCAUAUCGAGCAUUGAGAAUCCACAAGACACAGCAACCGUCAAAAAGAAACUCCAAACAAACAAAGCUGUUUGUUUUUAUCUUCCAAUCUAUAAUUGUAUCUUGUUUCAAACACCAAAAGAUUCAACUCUCUAUCUCAACAAGAUCUAUCCAGAGCUAUCGGAAUUCUCAACGACCACCACUAAAUUACGAAUGACCACUCCAUUCUCUAUUUAUAAAUCUCUACAUUAUUCAUUUCAAGAUAUACACAUCGAUCAUCUCAUCAAUCUUCGUGAUCAAAAGGAAAUGCCGAACAAUAUCAAACAGUCUCCAAUCAUCAAGAAUGAAGGUUCAAUUGGAUUGAUCACAUCUUGGUUGCUUCCAUCGAUUGCCACAUGUUUACAACUAGGAUCAACAAUGGAGAAUCAAACUUUUUACAAGUCUGUUCAUCCAGAACAUAUUAUCAUUAAAAACAGCAACAAAUCACCACAGAAUUCAUCAGUAGAAACAACAACACCGAUACCACCAAAUCCAUGGAGAAGAUCACCAAUGUGGAUUGCAUUCAAAUCUCUCAUUCAUACACUUUGCCAACAACAUUGUAAAGAAUCAACUAUCUUCUAUAAAUCAAUGAUGCUCUCAUUCUAUAGUUUAAUAUUAAAGAAUAAAGGUUCCAAACAGCUAACGCCAAGACAUUCCGAAUGGAUUCCAAAGAUCAUUCAUCGAUGUUAUAAACUUGAAGAACUUCUUUCACUCGAUCAAUUCAAGGAUCAACGAGUUAUAACAAUGCCAAUUAUUAAUGAAUGUCGACUGCAAAUGGAGUCAUUACAUGAUCGAUUGAAUCGUCAAUGGAUCGAUUAUUGUGAAUAUCGGAAUGCUAAAUUAAACAUUAAACCAUCACUCGAUGUAAUUGUCAAUGGUUUGACUGGUGAUUCGAUUGUUGAUACAAUUCAUGAUUUUAAUUCAUAUUUUGAAUUUGAAGAUUCAAUCACAACGAUGGAAGAAGAAAGAAUCAACAAUAAUUCAACAUGGAAAGAUAGUAUAGUGAAUAGGGUGGCAGUACCAAUGAAACCACUUGGGUCUUUACUUGGAAAAGACAGUUCUUUGGAAAGAAAAGUAAAGAUAAUAACAAAGUAUCUGGCGGAUUGUGAAAAGGAUAUCUCCAAUAUGAGAAUAGCCCUCUAUCAAAUAGAGGAUCUAAUAUUCGAUGGUGGAAUUAUUUCAAAGCUGGAUUCAAGUCAGUUGGUUGACAUUAUGUUUGCAAUGGGCAGUGUUGGCAAGUCGGCAGUCAGUAAAUGUCCCAUCAUGAGCAAUCGUUUGACAUUGGCGUUCUACAUUUUGGUUUAUCAUAUCGAUAGAAAAGUGGCUGUCGAAUGUGGAGAUUCUGAAUUGUACAAUAGACAUCCUCCUAUUUUUCAAGAAAAGGAACUCUCUCAUCUCUUUGUUACCAGCAAGAAGGCCUAUUGUCGUUUCACGAUAAGAUAA